UGCGACACACAGUCUUAUUUACCCGCGGCAGCCAGUGCCCCACAGCCUCGCGCAGUGUAGGGUCGGAGUGUCCACCAAUGGACUGACAGUAUCGCCCCUGCCGUCACGCGCCGAGCUAUUGCUUCGCGCUUUGUUCGCCCCGACUUCAUUCCCAGGCCAACAUGUAUCUACCGAGGGCCGCCCUCAUCUUGGUGCUCCUAGGAGCAGUGGUGAAUGCUUUGCAGGCUGUCUAUGCUCCAGAGGGUGACUCUGACGAGCUUUUACUAAAGGAAGCAGAACAGAGAGGCUUGAACAUUAAUGGCCUGGUGGAUCAAGUCCUCAUAUCUGUGAGGAAGGCAUUGGUUCUUGCUAAGGAGGAGUCCAUCUCUUUGCCAGACAUCACAGAAGACUUUUAUAAGAAUAUGUGGCCGUUUGUAGUGCAUGGCCAUUUGCACUGUACCAAAGGAUCACUAAGAUCAUUAUCUUCGAUAAAAAGGACUGGAGAUGCCAACCUAGCAUACAAAAACGCUAAACUGAUGGUGAUAGCACCAUUAGGUCUUCAAGAAUUGACUAUUGACUAUGACUAUGAUGCCUCCAUACUACAUUUUGGAACAACUGGCAACCUGACAGCAAAUGUUACAUCUAACUCAAUAACACUGGCAGUAGAAGUUAGUCUGUCAGUGGAGGGGUGCAAGUUCAAAGUAGAGGAAACAAAGGUGACAGAUUUAGGUCAAAUACAUGUCAACCUUACAGGACUCUAUCCUUUUGAUGGCCUCUCAUCAGCCAUAGCAGAAAAGGCUGUAGACAGUCUUCACGACACCAUUCGUCAAGCUACAGAACAAGUGUUGCAUGACCGCAUCCAAGAGGUCAUUCAAAAGAUCCCUUGUCAUUUACCAGGAAUUAAGAAGCCGUGAGGAACCCAACAGAAGAAAAUUCUUGGAAUGAAAACAAUUUUGGGUAUGACUUAAUGGGUCUGAAAAUAGAUUGUAAAAGCCACCAACAAUGCACUUGCAGGGAUGAAUAAAUCCAUGUCUUUAUACAUUCAUAA